AUGAAUAAAAAUAGAAAACUUCCACCUGGUGUUGUGAAUUUCGUAUUCGGUCUUGGUCCACGUGUUGGUCAAACAUUAAUUACUCAUCCAAAUGUCAACGUUAUUUCAUUUACUGGUAGUACCAUGACAGGUUAUCAUAUUAAAAAAGCAACAGCUGGUUUAUCUGUUAAAUUAUCUCUUGAAAUGGGAGGAAAAAAUGCAGCUAUUAUUUUUGAUGAUGUUGUUCUUUCAAAAUUGCUUCCAGUUUUAAUAAGAUCAUGUUUUUCAAAUUCUGGGCAAAUUUGCUUAUGUACAAGUCGAUUAUAUGUUCAACGAGGAAUAUACGAUGAAUUUCUUGCAAAAUUUAUUCCUGAAGUCAAAAAAUUAAAAGUCGGUGAUCCAUUUAAUGAUACGACGAAUAUGGGUCCCGUUGUUAGUAAAGAACAUAAAAAUAAAAUAGAAAAAUAUUUUGAAAUAGCCAAACAAGAUGGAAAUGAAAUUAUAACUGCAGGUGAAAUGGAUACGAAUAUAAAAGCAACAAAUAAAGGUUAUUAUGUAAUGCCAACAGUAAUUUUAAAUGUUGAUGAUAAAUCAAAAUUAAUGACGGAAGAAAUUUUUGGACCUGUUGUUUGUAUUGUUCCAUUUGAUACUGAAGAUGAAGCUAUCGAACGUGCUAAUAGUACUCAAUAUGGUCUUUGUGGUUGUAUAUGGACAGAAAAUCUUGGUCGAGCUCAUCGUGUUGCUGCACAAAUGGAAUGUGGAACAGUUUGGACUAAUUGUUGGGCAUUACGUGAUCUUCGAAUGCCAUUUGGUGGUGUUAAAGAUAGUGGUAUAGGUCGCGAAGGUUAUCCAUACUCAGAAGAAGUCUUUACUGAAUAUAAAGCUGUUUGCAUGAAUCUUGCCUAA